UUGUCAAUAGGGAUUUGGUUGUCAACUUGUCAGUACUCGGGCAGUAGUUGGCUAUCGACAGUUAUAUAUAAAGCUUGUCUGUAUUGAAAGAGAAUUAUUUCGUCUGUUACAUUGAUGUUGCCUUUCGAGAGAAUACUAGAAAAACGAGAUGCGUUAAAUAUUUUGACUAUACCGAAUUCAUGUUCAUGUUAUCUUUAAUGUGCACUGUGAUUAGUUAUAUUUGUUUAUAGUUUUUUAUUCUUGCGAUCGUGAUGUUGGUCUGUCACCCUCGUUCCAAGACCGUUAAACCCCUUAAGCCCUAUUGCCAAUGCUGGAAUAAAAAGGUACCUGUGUUAUGGGUCGACAGAGGCGCUUGCGGAUGUGGCGAAGAUGAUAAUGUUAUUGAAUGGGGAUGGGAUCUCCCGGACAGUUCCCGUGCCAGCAGAGUUGUGGUCAGCGAGGACAGGAAGCAAGUCACAUUCCAUCCAUUCUUCAGCACGGGAACUGCGGCCGUCAAGGGAGUAGUGCCAAUGAAACUAAACUAUCAUUAUUACUGGGAGGUCAAGAUACUAUCAGAGACAUAUGGAACUGAUAUUAUGGUAGGGCUGGCAACCGACAGGAUCAACACGGAGGACUCCCAGUUCCGGUUCACGUCACUCCUGGGCAGUGACGGCGAGUCUUAUGGCUUCUCGUACACGGGAGCCGUGCGUCACGAUGACGUGUCGUCCCGGGACUCGUCCGGCUUCUGUCGCGGCAGUAUAGUGGGAGUCAGGCUGGACAUGUGGCACGGGACCCUGGAGUUCUUCGUCAACAGGAAACCUCAAUGUGGCAUGUUCUACAACCUGCGUCGUCACAAGGAGUUGUAUCCCAUGGUGUGCUCGACGGCCGCCCAGUCGUCAAUGCGUCUCAUAUACGCUGAUUCCUGGCGAGCCUCGCUCCUGGUGGACGCCGCCAAGAUACUGACGGCUUCGGUUAAGAAUUUCAAGAAAAAUCUACCGCCGGGGCUCCAGUAUACUUGUAGGACGCGGUUCUGGUUGACGCUGCCCUCCGAAGUCUGUGAAGACGAUGAACCAGAGAGCAUCGAGUCUUUGGACGUUGGCUCUUAUUUGACUACUAACGUGCUGACAGAUGUUCAUCCUCACCAAUAUAUGAACGGCUUCUACGUCGACAGCGUCGAGCGAGACUUCCGUGUGGUCGUAUACGAGUAGAGACUACAGAUUUGAACUAAGACUUAGGUUAGGUUAGGUUGUCUCAGUAAAUUAAUUGACUUCAUAGAGGUACAAUCCUUGCAGAACAUAAAAACAAUCCUGUUUUUCCUCUUACUAAAGAUUUUUAAACAGUGACGAAAUCGAAAUUUAGUUUUUUAUUUCAAUUAAUAUAGAUCUGUUCCACAAGGUCAUUGAGACACCCUUUUCUUUUACACUUAGUUCUUAAACUGUAUUUAGCGUCCAGAAAUAAAAUGGUAUUAAGUAAUAUUAAUGUUUACAGAGUAAUAGAUCAGAUAUAUUCUAUUAAUGUUAUGGAUUAUAAGAUCUAAAUCUAAAAGACUAUAAGUAUAUAUCGAGUGUAGAGUGUGGGGCUGCCGUAGUAUACAUUUUUUUUAUUGAUUAUUAUUCGAACUAGUCUAGUGUUAACUUGGCUCUUCAUAUAUCUUUUCUCAAUUUCUCUUCUUAAUGUUUUAAAUAGAACGAACGUGUUUAAUAUGCGUAUUGGUAGUAAAGCUAGAUAUAUUUGAUAAGUUUUUAUAACGUAUAAAUUAUGAACGUGGUGUUCGUGAGAAUUUAAAUUUUAAAAUAAAUCUUUUUUUUCUACUUUUUUGGUAUUAAAAUUUGUAGAACCUAAAAAUAAAUUACGCAGAAUAA